GGUCGUAGCUAGGGCACCUGCUGAACGGCUUCGUGGCGGUGGCGGCAUCACAACAGCACUUGCGCCAACAGUCUGUUACAGGCUACACGGGGGAUCUUUGUCUUUGCGUGUGUGCAGAGAGGUUGCGCAGUGCGUGGGACCGCUGGGCCGAGGCAGCUCACCUGGCCGCGAAGGACGCGCGCCGCCAGGCCAUGGAGGGCCUGCCCACAGCCCUGGUCGCCGCGGUGACCGCUAACGAGACGCAGGACGCGCUGCAAGCGCUCGGAGGAUGGGGCCAGGAGGCCGUGACACACCUGACGACCUGGGCUCAGCGCCGUCUCAUGCAGGCGGUGCGCAGCAUCAGCCACCCCCUGCAGGGCGUCUAUGAGCUGCAGCCACACGAGCACCGGCUGUCUGCGUGGGUGCCGCUGGACGUGUCGAUGGGCGCGCUGGCGCUGCGCGACGCCGCGCUGAGCAGCGACACGGCGCGGUGGCUGCGCUCGCUGAGCCCCAGCGCCGAGCUCUACCGCCUCAAGCACGAGCUGCUGGGGCAGCCGGCGCACGCCCAGGCGAUGCUGCUGAGCGGCGGGCGCCGCGUGCUGCAGUUCGACGGCCGCUGGCUGGCGCUGCCCGCGGGCUGCGCCGUGCUGCUUGCGCAGGACGUGCGCCCCGACGCCACGUUCCGCGUGGCGCUCGCGCCCAGACCCCCCCUCCCCGGGGACCCCUCGGAGGACCCCUCCCUGCUGGUGACCAUGGGCCCCGUCACCCUGCUCAUCCACGCCAACGGCACGGUGCUGGAGGGUUGCCGCGUGCUGGAUCUGCCGGCGAGCCGGGCCGGCGGCGCGGUGCUGGUGCGGCGCUCGGCGGGGGCGGUGGAGGUGUCGGGGCCGCGGGGAGCCGUGCUGCGCUGUGACACGGAGAGCCGCGUGUGCAGCCUCACGCUCGCCUACUGGGACCACGCGCGCUCGGUCGGGUUGUUCGGCACCAAUAACCUGGAGCCGGCGGACGAGUGGACAACGCCACAGGGCGAGCCAGCGCCCAGCCCCGAUGCGCUGGCGCUCAGCUGGCAGGUGGGAGGGCGGUGUGAGCCAAUGGAGGAGCGGCCUCGCUGCCCGAGUCGCCUCUGCCAGGAGCUCUUCCUCGACUCCACCUCCUCCCUGGGCAGCUGCUUCCGCGUGGUGGACCCGGCGCCGUUCCUGUCGGCCUGCGAGGAGGACGCGUGCCGCGAGCCGGGGUCCCGCGCCGCAUGCAGCCUGGCGGCCGCCUACGUCACGCGGUGCAACCACCAGCACGUGCCGCUCGUCACGCCCGCCGCAUGCGUGACCCCGGCGAGCGAUGCGAGGCUGCGGCGGGCGUUGCCGGGCCAGGAAGAGGCGGCGGCAGCGACGCCGUGCGAGGGCGACCGCGCCGCCACCGUGGUGCUCGUGCCGGACGAGUGGCCGUGCCAGCAGCUCGGCGGCUCCCCCUGCGGCGUCCGUGCCGCCUGACGGCUCUCCGCGCCACCGUUUACACGGAGCACGGGGGGCCCACCACUGCCUUGUGCCCCCCUGCCCUGGCAGCCGUGCCCUCGCUUGGCUCGAGGAUUGCUGUGUUCGUGGAUCAUGGCCUCGCUUAUCCCCUAGCGCCGAGAGCCCUGCCCCCUGGCCUCCCUGUCCCCGAUUUUCCUCCCUCUUGAUCCCUGCCCCUAAUUGUUAUGCCCUAGAAUUCUAUGCGUCUGGGUUUCUUGCCCCUGAUUUUUAGGGGAUGCCGCUGUGGCGAGAUGUUAACUACUUCGCCUGGUAUGCACGAGGGGCGUGGGUUCGAUCUCGACCCUGACGCCUGCAGUAUAUUUUGGAGUCUGCGUGUCUCUCUCUCUCUCUCCCCGUGGUCGCUUGGAUUUUUCUCCGGGUCCUCCGGGUUUUCCCUCGCAUUUAGAAACAACAUCACGCGUUUUGAGUGUUUGGCUGCUAUACAUUACCACGUGAUACGCCACUUCAUUGAGCUAUUCAUUGUGGCCAGGUCGUCUGAAAAAUAGCUACAUAGCUCAGUGGGCCUUACCUGGUAAAAUAAAAAAAUAGAUCAUAGUUUAGUUUUAUGUCCUAGAAUUCCCUGCCGCUUAGUUUCCUGCCCGAGAGUUCCCUGCACCUGAUUUUCACGCCCCAGAAUUCCCUGCCCUGAAGCUCCCGUCCCUUUAUUUUCCCUGUGUGUCUAUGUGUGCCGUCGGGAAGAUUUUGGCGAUAGUGCGCGGCUUGGCCGUGACUUUGCGUUAAUUUAAACGUUGCGUUUUCCGCAUCCGCUCGGUUGUUUACGUCGAGUGUGGUUUUUGGUUAAAGUGGCAUUUUGUGAACACGGUCGACACGGGCGGCGCGUGGGUGGGGGGGGGGAGGGUACGGUGGUGGGCGGUGGGGGGGCGGUAUAUAUCGUUCCAGAACCGGUGGCGCUCCUCGGCUUGUAGUCUCGAGCGCACGAGUUCGGCACCCGGCUGGGGACCUCUUCGGCCAAUCAUUCAUUCCUCCAGAGACCGCAGAAUGUAUCGCUGCUUCAGUGAGAAGUCGAUCGCCGUUGUCGUUUAAAGAGAGCCUCUCGCGCGAACGGGAGACAUUUAUUUUUCUUUACACGUUUUUUGUGGUGCAUGGCACGGGGCGGGGGGGGUGCCGGUG